AUGUUAAAAACAUUUAAUCUUCAUAAAUUAAAUAUAAUUACUAAGGUUUUUCAAAAAAUUCCAAGCAAACAACAUUUAUAUCAGGGUUAUCGUAUAUAUUCUAAUUCCUCUACAAAUAAAUCAUGUACAAUAACAUAUUCUGGAUAUCUUGUUUCUUCAUUGAGAUCUAUAAAAUUCUUUUCAAUAGGAUCACUCUGCUUGACAUAUCUUAUUUCACCAGUUAUUUUGUUUGCUGAAACAAAUAUAGAUCUUUCAGCUAGAAUUAUUAUGGUAGUUAUUGCACUUAGCACAACAUCGUUUUCUACUGCUCUAAUACAUUUUGUUUUAUCACCCUAUGUUACAAGAAUGCAAUAUUCAAACGACAAAUUUCAAAUAGAAACAUUAAAUCUUUUAGGAAAAAAAAUCAUAUGGAUAGGAAACUCAAAAAAACUAAAAGAGAAUAGAAAUGGAAGACUAUUUGCUAAUAUAGAGUCUAUUGAAGAUAAAAAAAGGUGGUUUUAUAUACAUAACGACCAACAAGGAUCAAAAGUUUUUCAAAUAAUUAACUCUACAAAAUAA